AUGAGCAGCUUGCAAUGGUCGCUGUCGCAGCAACGGGGGUGGCAAGAGGACUCGGUUCUCUUGGAAGAUGCCAUCGACGCCAUCUUCCCUCCUCCCUCCUCCGCUCCACCUCCCAUCAUCAACCUCACUCCCGCCCUGAGCAUGGGGGAUCAACAUUCCGUUGCUCCGCUGCUCCUAUCAGGGGCCUCUCGGGGCUGGACGGAGGACGAGCAUCAGCGCUUCCUCGUCGCGCUCAGAGACUACUGCCCCGACACUGAGACGAGGGUCGCUCAGGACGGGCGCGUGCGGGUAGGGCUGGGGAGAGGAGUCGCCUACUUCAUCUCGAGGGCGAUCGGAACGAAGACAGCGUCGCAGGUGCGGUCGCAUGCACAGAAGUACUUCGAGGGCCUGCGUAGGAAGUAG